AUGAACUCGAAUAGUCAUGGUGGUGCUACUGAGGGUGGGAACGGCCGUUUGUCUCGAGAGUACUUUGACUUGGUACGAGAUGCCUUAAAAGAAGAGCGAAAGAGCAAGCGUCCUGAUCGGCCUUUAAAACGGAGAAAAACACAAAAACCAGAGGUGAUAACUAUUGACUCGUCUAGCGAAGAAGAACCAAAUGCAAAUGCAAAUGUUGAUGAUGAUGGUGGUGAUGACUUUGAAUUUGAUGAGGAUGAGGAUUAUGACAGUGAAGAAUUUGAGGAUGUAACUACUACUACUACUGCAGCAGAGAAAGACGGUGACAUAUCUAUCACUAUCGAUGCUAGGACAGCAGAGAAGCCACAGAAAAAGGGUGGGAAACGAAAGAGUGGUAAUGGUGUUGAUGCUAAGCUCAAAGAAUACCGCAAGACGUUUCAUAUGUUUGUGUUGAUGACUUAUAUGUGCCAUAGUUUCAUUAGAAAUAAAUGGUGCAACGAUGAAAAACUGCAGAAGAAGCUUUCAAAACUAGUUCCUGACGAGAUAUUCAACAACCUUCACCCACCUAAAGAUGAACAAAUGCCUGCAAGAAGUACCCGGAAACUUCUAGAUGCGCUACGAAUGGCAAUGCAGCUGUGGAAUAAGAAGUUCAGUGUUCAGUUAACGUCGCCUUAUGAGUAUACACACUUGUAUAUGGUACGAUGGGAUUCUGUAGUGAAACAUGAAUGUAAGCCAGUGUCUUUUAAACAGUUUAAGAAGUUCUUUUCAAAGAUGCGCGGCCCAUGCAAUAUAAGUGUUCAGGGGUUUGUCACAAUGAUGCGAGGCUGCGGCUUAAAUGCUCGCCUCCUUCACAAUAUACAGCCGCCAGACUUUACGGAUGCCAAAAAGUAUGAAAAGCGCGUAUCGUGGAGGUUAGAGAACGAAUGCUUGAAAUACCCUAUAUAUUGGUGUGAAGUUUGGGACAAAUUCGCAAAGCAAUGGAUAACUAUUGACGUUGUCGGACAAGAAAUUAUUGAACAGGUUCGCACUAAGUCUAAACUUGAGGCUAUAGGUCGCAAAAACCUAGAGUUCAAUAUGAUGAGGUAUGUGAUAUCUUAUGAUAGAAAGCUAGGUUGUAAAGAUGUUUCACGGAGAUACAUCUCUCAUUUGCAGAACAAGGUACGGAAAAAGCGAAUUACAAGAGACCCAGGCCUUCGUGAUUGGUACAGUCAAGUAAUUAAUACUUUAAACAAACGGAGCAGAAAUAGGACAGAUGACUACGAGGAUGAAUAUUUUGCACUAAGAGAUGAGCAAGAAGGUAUUCCCGAUAACUUACAGGAUAUGAAAAACCAUCCAUUCUAUGUCUUGGAAAAAGAUUUAAGGGCCAAUCAAGUUCUAAAGCCGAACGCUCAACAUUGUGGUUUUCUUCGUCUAAGAAAUAAGGAAAACUCGUUAUUGAAGGUUUACUCGCGUAAGGAUGUCAUAUCAUGCUAUAGCGCUAGACACUGGUACAUGCAAGGAAGGGUGUUGAAAACAGGGGCCAAGCAUAUGCUAACACAUCGGGUCAAGGCAGCUAUGCCAGACGAAGAUGAAGAGGAAGAACGGUUAUACCCAAUCGAUCAAACGGAAUACUUUAUUCCUAAACAAGUUGGAGAGGAUUCCAAAAUUCCUACAAAUGCUUAUGGAAAUAUCGAUGUUUAUAAACCAUGGAUGAUUCCAAUAGGUUGCUGCCUUGUUGAAAACCCAAACUCUAUAAAAGCAGCAAGCUUUUUACGUGUUCCAUUUGCCAAAGCAGUUACUGGGUUCAAAUUUGAAUCAGGAAGAAGAGUAAAACCAAAGAUUACUGGGGUGGUUGUAGAGAAUGAAUAUGUUGAUGCCUUAAUAGCAGUUAUUGACCACAUCGAAGAGUACAAUGCCGAUGUAGCUAGGCAUGAACUAGAGAUCGAAGCUCUCAACGGGUGGUCAUUACUAUUAACUAAGUUGCGUAUAAAGAGCAGACUAGUGGAUCAACAUGGUGUAGUUCAAGACGAAGAAGAAGAGCAAAUCGCUCAUCAAAACUCGAAUACUUCAUCAACCAGUGCUUCUGACGAGGAAGAAACACAGUUUGAAGCUGGUGGAUUUCUUCUGGACUCCACAGCCGAACCUGGCGGGUUUUUACCAGAACCUGAGGAUGCACCAGAGCCCGAACCAGAACCAGAACCAGAAACAAAUUAUAGGCCUGAGCCUGAUGCUGGUCAUACUACAUCUGAACAUGAAAGCACACAGCAUCCAAAUGAAAGUGUUAAUAAUAUAGAAGACUACGAGCAGUUCCUACAAGAAGUGGGUUCAGACUAUGAAAGCGAAGAUGCAGGCGACGAUUCUUCUUUCGAAUAUGAGUCUGAAUAG